AUGUGGCUGUUUUUAACUACAACCUGCUUGCUUUGUGGAAAUUUAAAUGCUGGAGGAUAUUUUAAUUUGGAAAAAGAAAUGAAUCCUGAAGUGUUGAUGAAUAUUAGUGAAAUAAUCAUUUACAAUGGCUAUCCCAGUGAGGAGUAUGAAGUCACCAGUUCGGAUGGGUACAUACUCAGCAUCAACAGAAUCCCCUAUGGGCGGACAGAUGCCAGCAACACAGGCUCCCGACCAGUUGUGUAUCUGCAGCAUGCAUUAUUUGCAGACAGUGCCACCUGGCUGGAAAAUUAUGCCAAUGGUAGCCUCGGAUUCCUUCUGGCAGAUGCAGGUUAUGAUGUAUGGAUGGGAAACAGUCGAGGGAACACUUGGUCAAGAAGGCACGAAACACUCUCAGUGACUGAAGAGGCAUUCUGGGCCUUUAGUUUUGAUGAAAUGGCCAAAUAUGAUCUCCCAGGAAUAAUAAACUUCAUUGUAAAUAAAACUGGUCAGGAGAAGUUGUAUUUCGUUGGACAUUCACUUGGCACUACAAUAGGUUUUGUAGCCUUUUCCACUAUGCCUGAACUAGCACAGAGAAUCAAAAUGAAUUUUGCCUUGGGUCCUGUGGCCUCAUUAAAAUAUCCUACGGGCAUUUUUAUGAAUUUUUUUCUGCUCCCAAAUUCUGCAAUCAAGAGUAUGUUUGGUACCAAAGGCUUCUUUUUAGAAGAUGAGGCAACGAAGGCAGCUUCUGUUAAAAUGUGCAACAAUAAGAUACUCUGGGUAAUAUGUAGUGAAUUUAUGUCCCUAUGGGCUGGAUCCAAUAAGAAAAAUAUAAAUAUGAGUCGAAUGGAUGUGUAUUUGUCACAUGCUCCCACUGGAUCAUCAGUACAGAACAUCCUUCAUCUGAAACAGCUUUACCGAUCUGACGAGUUCAGGGCCUAUGAUUGGGGAAGUGAAGCCGAGAACAUACAUCACUACAAUCAGAGUCAUCCCCCGUUAUACGACUUGACAGCCAUGAAAGUGCCCACUGCUAUUUGGGUUGGUGGGCAUGAUGUUCUGGUAACCAUCCAGGACGUGGCCAGAAUUCUCCCUCAAAUCAGGGAUCUCCGCUACUUUGAUCUUUUGCCAGAUUGGAACCAUUUUGAUUUCAUCUGGGGCCUGGAUGCUGCUCAACGGGUCUACAGUAAAAUCAUUGACUUGAUGAAGGCAACUCCCUAA